CUCACCGCCUUCGGCAGAACAACUAGAAGCUCCAUCAAAUGCAUCCAAAUUCUUGCGACGACAAUACCAAACCCGAAUUGCGCAACUCAUACUCCGGCAGCUCAGGUCACCGGAUAGGAUAAUCUAUACCCAUUCCCAAUUGAGGAUACCCGUAUUUGAUAGCGACAAACAUGGCGAAUCACCGCGCAGACGAAAAGCGCUUCCUCGACGAGCGCGGCUCCUCAGGACCCCUCGCCCCAAAUGGCCUCAAUCCAGCGACGAUCAUGGAGAAGCCAGUCCGGGAGCGUAUCAUCGACUGCUAUUUCUGGAAAGACCAAUGUUUCGCAGUCAACGAAGCCGAUAUCGUCACGCGCGUAGUCGAUCACGUCAACUUCAUCGGCGGUACAUACGGAGAUGCGCAACGGCCUUCACCAUUUCUCUGCCUCGCUUUCAAACUUCUACAGUUAGGGCCCUCGGACGAUAUACUGAAGGAAUAUCUGGAAUAUGGAGGAGAGAAGUUCAAGUACUUGAGAGCGCUGGCGUUGUUUUAUAUUCGAAUGACGAGGCAGGCGAAAGAUGUGUAUGCGCUGCUGGAACCACAUUUGAGUGAUUAUCGCAAGUUGAGGAGGAAGGGCAGGACGGGAACAAGUCUGACGUAUAUGGAUGUUUUUGUGGACGAUCUGCUGGUGAAGGAUCGAGUGUGUGGUACGACGCUGUGGAAGAUGCCGAAGAGAGAGAUACUCGAGGACUUGGAUUUACUUGAACCGAGAGUCAGCGCGCUUGGGGAUAUUGAAGAUCUGCUGGAGAGUGAUCCUGAGGAAGUAGAAGGCGAAGAGAGGAGGCAAAGCGGUAGUGAAAGGAGUAGGAGUAGGAGUCGCAGUCGCAGUCGGAGUCGGAGUAGGAGAGGAAGUCCUGGCUCUGAAUUUGGAGAAGUCACACCUGACGCGAUGGAUGUCGAUGGUAGUGAGAAGGAUGCUGCGAAUGGGGAUCGGUCGUGAUCGCUGGAGGUUGCAGUGUGUGGAAUUGGGGUAUAUAAGACAGGGUAGCCAAUGGAUAUACCAUAUGAUGCAUAUUGCAAUACAAAUCUGGCUCUCCCAUUUCAAUGUGAAGAUCAGUCGUAGUUCGAGGAUCG